AUGGUUCAAGUGAAGCCGUUUGUUCUGGAUAACUGGGUCCGCAAGUUCAAACCUGCAGCAAGGGCAUCCCUGCACGAUACAUGCGUGGAUCCACUGUCCUUACAGCAAAUUUCUCAAUUCCGUGCCACCGAUUCUUCAGCUGUUCCUGUAAAUACCUCAAACCCACUACUAUAUGGCUCAGUACUGGGAAGUCGCGGCCUUCAAGACAAGAUCCUCUCGCUCUACGCCAGCGAGACUGGUAAUCCUGCAGACCAGCUCUCUCUUUCCGUCACUCAGGGUGCAAUUUCAGCCAAUUUCCUAGUCCUUGACACGCUUUUAGGCCCUGGAGAUCAUGUCAUCUGCCAGUAUCCCACUUACCAGCAGCUCUACGAUGUGCCCCAACGCGCAGGAGCAGAGGUCUCGCUCUGGGGAACCUGUGCGGAGAAGUUGUGGAUUCCGGAUAUAGAUGAGCUUUCUUCACUCGUUAAAGAGAAUACCAAAAUGAUAAUCAUCAACAACCCCAACAACCCGACCGGCGCAUUAAUCCCCUCGGACAUCCUGGAAAGUAUCGUCGACUUCGCCGCUGAACGAAAUAUAAUCGUAUUCAGCGACGAAGUAUUCCGCCCUCUAUUCCAUGACAUGUCUCCAGAAAAUCCAGCCCCACUUUCAAUUAUCUCCUUCGCGGGAAGGUAUAAAAACCUCAUAGCAACAUCCAGCCUUUCGAAAGCCUACUCUUUACCAGGUAUCCGAGUAGGAUGGGUGAUAUCGCCCAACGCUGAGCUAGUGAAUCAAGUCAUCGAGGCAAGAGAUUAUAUCACUAUCUCCGUUUCACAAGUCGACCAAGAUAUAGCAAGUUACGCCCUCGAUGCCCCUGUACAGGACCAGAUUCUCCAGCGAUCGCUAGCUAUAUGCAGCCACAACCUUACGAUCUUAGAGCGCUUUAUUGUGGAUCAUUCGCGGUGGCUAAGGUGGGUGAAGCCGAGUGGCGCGUCUUCGGCGUUCGUGCAGGUGCUUAAUCCGGAGAGCGGCGCUCCGGUUGAUGAUAAGAUGUUUUGUGAGAGGAUGAUAAGGGAGUGUGGGUUAUUGAUUGUACCUGGUGGGGAGACUUUUGGAACAGAGGGGGAGGGAGAUUUUAAGGGGUAUCUUCGAGUGGGGUUUGUAUGCUCUACUGAAAAGUUUGAGGAGGCGUUGAAGAUUUGGGGUAGGUAUCUUAAUCAGUUGGAUGUGUGA